UGUUUGAGCGCGUUCGGUCUGUUGACAACAUGGACGACUGAAGACGCUUUUUAUCUUUAACUGGUGAUAAAACUGAAUCCAGCUCAGCGCUGAGGCUCCUGAGGCGCCGCGGACUGUGGAGAUGGACUCAGAGCAGCUGUUCCUGGAUCAGUUCGAGGCCCAGAGCGAAGCAGAGGUCUCCUGGUUAAAGAAGAUGUUCGUCUUCAUCACACAGCACGUGUGUCCGGUGCUCACAGGCCCCGCCCCUCCUGCUGCUGACGAGUUAUUGACAGGAGGAGCUGUGUCUGAUGUGUGUGUGUCUCUGAGCGUGUGUGUGGUGAAGACGCUACAGGAGAACAUGGCUGCCACACACACUUUACCUGUCAGCUACAGACCCAUGUCUGUCUCUGAGCUGGUCUCCCGACAGCACCUGGCCUGUGUCAGUCAUCUGUCCUGGAGCACCAAUCAGCAUCGAGUGUGGGCGAGGGAGGCGGAGCUCUCUCUGCCAGGUAACAAAGCUCUGCCUCGGGUCAACCUGCUGCUGAUUGGCUGUCUGAGAGAGGGGCGGGGCGGAGAGUGGAGACUGAUGGACAGCAGCGGGAGCAUCAGGUGUGAGUGCCUGUCUCCCUCUCCUCAGUGGCUGAAUCGCCCUGUUUUCCUCCCUCACUGGAACUACAUCCCCCACAAUGCCUCGGGGCAGGAUGAGGCCGGCGGCUUCAUGGAGCUGACUGGUUCUCCUGUGCUGCUGUGUCCCGGUCCUGAGCAGGGAUUGGCUGCUGUUGGAGGAGGGGAGGGGCUUAGAGCAGUGGGAGUCAGAGAGGCUGCAGGUUUACUGCACAAUAGGGUCAGAGGACAGCGGCUGUCUGUCUGUGGGCAGGUGGGCUCAGUUUGCCCUCUGCUGGUCGUAGCAGGAACAACCUUCUUCUGCUUCACACUAACAGAGGACAAACACAUGCUACCUGUCCUUGUAAAGGACAGCAGCCGGUUGUGGUGGUCUCAGUGUGUGUGUGUUGGUCAGAGUGUGUGUGUGACGGAGCUGCGUGUGUGCGUCCUACGAGGCUGGAGAGGAAACAACAUCCUGUGUGUGACCGACCAGUCUGAAAUACACACAGACUACACACCGACACACACACCUGUGGACGACACACACACUGAGCCUCAGUCAGACACGCCCCCCUCAGUGAUGUCACAUGCUGACAAUAACGGCUGUGAGGAGGCGGAGCCUGAGACUGAUGUUGUCCAAUCAGGUGUGAGGAUGAAGUGGUCCAGAGUCAUCAGUUACCAGGGUACAGUGACUGAGGUGGUGAGUGAGGGGGCGGGGCUGUACAUGAUUGACAGGAAGGUGGGUCUGUGCCUGGUCUAUCAGCCGAGUCUGAGGAGGAGACUGAGAGCAGGAGACCGUGUGGAGCUCCACCACGUCCACUUCCUGUACCGGCCCUGUCCCGACUUUCCUCCCAGCAUGCUCUGCACCUGUCUGCGCUCCAGCCUGAGGGUCACCGGCUUCAGCAGAGUGGGGCUGUCUCCGCCUGACUCCGCCUGUCCGAGCGAUGGAGCGUUACCACGGUUACUGUUGGAGAAAAACACGGGUGUGUCCGAGUACCUGUGGGCGUGUCACCUGAGCUCACGGCUCUCACACAGUCUAGUUCCCAGUGUGGUGAUGCGACAGUGUGUGUGUGUUUUGUCCUGGAGGCUGAUGGAGUUUGUGUGGAGACGAGGGACAGGAGGAAGGAGAGACAUCUACUCAGAGAUGCUGGACGAGCCUCACACCUGUCCUCUGGCUCAGUACAGUGUGGACCCCUCAGUGCCUCAGUACCUCAGUCUCUCAGAGCUCAGUCAGUCCCUACAGUCCACCUGCUGGUCCUCAGUCUGUCUGAGCUCUCUGCUGCCUCCUGGUGGAUCCAGUCUGACCAGCUCUCAGAUUAACGCAGCACUGUCCUGGUCCUGCAGGACUCUGAGCUCUGACCCCCGGACCGGAGAGACACUGAGACGGCGCCCCCUGCUGCUGGUCGGAGUGUUGGAGCUUCCAUCUCAGACGUCUGAACACAAACACACUCUGCAGCUCAGAGACGGUGCAGCAGCUGUGUCCUGCGUCGUCACGGAAACCAGCGAGGAAGAGGAGGGAGGUCAGAGGGCGGCCUUCAACACCGCCUGGAUAGGUUGUCUGGUGUGUGUCCAGCAGUUCACCAUGGUAACAGAGAGAUUCCUCCAAUCAGAUUUCCCCUCCUACCAACACCUGGACCAGGAUGAGUUCAUCACACACAAACACUGCAGAGUUUACCUGCAAUUUUCUCUGGACCACCUCCACAUCCUGAGUCCGUCUGUUGCCAUGGCAACACACCUGCGACAGAGAGGGGUGGAGUCAGGAGGUGAUAUCACAGACAGGAAACAGACAGAAAAGACAGAGGGAGGUCAGACUGCAGGGAGGAAGAGGAGAAGAAGAGAAGCAAGCUCCUCCCACUCUGCCUCCUCUGUUGCUAUGACGACAGGCCCAGUGGGCGUCGGUUCCUGGCCCUGUGUUUCCGUGGUGUUGAGGGUGGAGCAGAAGGAGGGCGUGUCCUGGAGGAACACAGGGGCGGAGGUGGGGCUGACUCUGCACUUCUCUAUCAGAGCUGCUGUGAUUGGUCCAGUGGUCAGCUGGGGGCGGGACCCGAAGAACGGACCAAUGACAGACAGAGAGAUAGAGAAGGAGAAAGAGGAGAAGGUGGUGCAGGUGGUCCUGGUGUUCUCAGGUGUGUCAGCUCGAUGGUUCCCUCUCCUCCAGCCUGGAUGUUUGUACAGACUCACAGCUGCGAACACUCAGGAUCCCAGUGUUUUGAUUGGCUGUGGUGUUUCUGGGUGGAGCGAGGUGGAGCUGCACACAGACUCCGCCCUACAAGUCCAAUCUGAUUGGAGGUUCCACACUCUGACACGCCCACUGCUGCUGCACACCUUCAGACAGGCUCUCUCGCCCACAGUCCUGUCUGUCUCUGACGUCCUGGACAGCAGCUCAGAGCUGGUGUGUUUUCAGGGUUUGGUGUCUGACAGGAUCAGUGUGAACAACAGGACGACUGACUCUGGACACACACACACAGGUGUGCGUCUCACCGUGUGUGACCAAAGUGGGAGAAGUCUCCAGGUCUAUCUGGACCUAAGCCACACCCCCUACCCACCUGGCCUGUUGCCAGGCAACACACUGCUGCUGUCUGCUUUCCAGAGGAGGCUGUCCAGGUCAGGAGGUGUGUACUGCAGUGACUCACCUGUCAGCUCCGUCUCUGUGGUGUCUCUGGCACAGAGCAGCUCUGCUCGACCUCCUCCGGCUCCCAUGAUGCAUCUGGGUCUGUGGGCUCUGAGCAGGGAGCAGAGGUCCCCUGUGGGUCGGGUCAAAGGUCACGUGGUGUGUUUCCUGUUCGUGCAGCUGCAGUGGAGCUGCUCACUGUGUGGGAGUCUGUACACACAGUCUUGUUCCAGUUCUGGGUGUCCUUCGUCCUCGUCCGUCUUUCAGUCCAAAGCAAAGUUGGUGAUGGACGAUGGGACAGGUGAGGCUCACGUCUGGUUCUCAGAUGAUCUGGUUCGUCCUCUGCUGGGAUUGGCUGGUUCUCAGUGGGAGGGGCUUCAGAGAGCCCUCAGGGUCAAAGGUCACAUCAGAGUUUACCCCCGGGGCCGGAGCCUGGUGUGUGACGCCGACUCUGACAACUCUCUGCUCCACUUCCUGUUGUGUGUUUGCAGCAGUGAUGUUGUGUGUCGCUCGCUCUCUCUCACCUGCAGGAAACACAACAACUGGAGACCAGACGAGAUGAGGACGUUCAGUCGAGGAGACAGAGACUUCAUGACCAGGACGACUCGUCCUCUGCAGCUUACGUGUCUGCACUUGGACACGGACUGAUGUCUGCUGCAGUCACACCUGAUGUUCACCUGUGAUCAGGUCAAAUCCAGAUCACAGAUCACAGAUCAGAUCAGAGGUCCAGUCCUGAGAACAGCUGACAGGUCACAUGACUCCGACUCACCUGAAGCUGCAGGUGGUGGCAGCAGUCAGUCCUCCCUCAGGUGCUGAUUGACUCCUGUCCUUCAGUGACAGGGACAGAUCACAGAUCAGGUGUCUUCAUCCAGGUGGAGCCUUCAUUUGUUGUUCACAGGACAAACUGAGUCAAACUGUUUAAAGUUUUUCAAAAUAAAAUCUUCUUUUCAUUUUCAUGUUAUUAAAUCUUCAGUUAUUCGACUCUGACUUGUCUCCGU